CUCAUGAUGUACUCAACACUAAUGUUACUGAGUGAGAGGAGAUUUUAAUGGAAAAGCAGAUGUAUGAAUUAGAAAUGGUUAUUAUUUCAUACAGGUUUUGCAGUGGUGCUUUUUGUUAUGGUCUUGAGUUUUCUGGCCGAGGGGCACAGCAAACAUACACUGGUAUAAGCUAGAAUAUGAACACAACUGAUCAUCUUAAGCUUUGUUUUUGUUGAUGUGAGUUACUGAAUUAGAGUAGAUGGAAGAUGAUCUGUGGGCUAGCAAGUCCUAUAUCAUUUUGCUAGAAAUAUCUAUAUUUAAAACUCAGUCAUUUUGGCCUACUUGGUCACAUUUUAGCAUUAUUUUAUAUGUUGCAUUUCUCCCCAAAAUAUGUCGCAAUCUUUUUGUGAUCAUUGUCAGUUUACAAUCCUUUUACUAAAUUGAAUCAUCCAGGAUGGCUAUGAACAUGUUUGUACUGCCUUGAUAAAUGUUAUGCUUCCACUGAUUUGCAUGAUGUUACCUCUUCUAUGCUGCCAUGUUACCAAAUGUUAUUUGAAACAAUAGUUUAAUUCAGAUCAGAACACAAUUAUAUUGCAUGGAGAAACCGUGAUUCCAGUCACCGUGCAUAAAGCAGUGUGCAUUAGCAAUGUAUUUUAGCCAAGUGCUAAAACGUCUAGCUUGUAGUUACAUUAGAAUGUAUGACCUUACUUUCCCCAAACACUAUAUGUGUGUUGCUGUGAAGAAUUGUUCCCUGAUUUGUUUCCAGACUUGAGAGCCAGCAGAUUAUGUAUAACGAUGGGGUGGGGAUUUGCAGUGCUUGGAAUUUGCUUUUGUUUUUUACUUUUUUAUCUUCCAUUUUUCUUAGUUUUUUUUUUUUUCCUUUAAAAUCUUUCCUUGGACCUUACACUUAGAAUUAAUAGAGGGUUAUUGAGGUGUGUGUAGAGCCAAGGGAGAUUCAUAUACUGGUCCCAUCAUACAAAAAGGCUGAUGUCACUCAUCACUAUUAUUGAGCUCUUGUGGCAACAGUUUGUUGAAUCAGCUAGAGGCUUCUUUGCCCCAUAUGUCCCUUUAAAGCUCUAUGUUAACGCCAUAAUAAUGGUAGUCAGGGGUAAGACUACCCAACAAACCCUAUAUGGUCCAACUACUUUCCAUUGUAGUGUACGUGGUGGGCUACUAGAAUCCACCCUUGACUAGGUUUACCAAAAUCAUCUUUUUGCAAUUGUAAUCUGAGGGCUAAUAUUGUAAGUAAGAAUUAUGCAAGUUAGAGUUUGUUUUCUUUUUUCAUUGUGAGAAAUUGGGUCUUGGCUUGUCUCUGGGGAAGGCUUGGCUCUUUUUUUCUCAGAGCCUCCAGUCAUAAAGCUUCAAGUAAAACUACUGUGAUAUUCGUGAAAAUUAGGAGCGACUAUAAUGGUUAGUUGUUAUGAUGAACAGAUUAUGCGCAGUCCCUUUUGAGCGCUCUAAAAACAUUUCCUUUCUGUCUCCAUGUCUUGACAUGAACCUGAUUGUGACAUCACAAUCAGGUUCGAUGAGAGGAAGACAGGAGGAGGUGAUUUGAAGUGUUCAAACACGGCUUGCACGUGAUUUUUUUUUUCUUUCCUUUAAAGCCUACUUUCCCAAACAGGUGGGGCUUUGAAGAAUAAUAUAUGAAUGCUAUGUGUUAACACAUAUUUUAUGUUGAUUUGGGUCAACAAAACAGCACCUUUCUUUUUUUUAGUCUUUGUUUUCACAUAACAAACCACGUGUAAAUAUUUGUCAUUCUUGCCUUUGUAGAGUCGCAGUUACGAAGUAUUAAAUUGAAUAGUCUACAUGAGAUUAGAUUUAGUGGUAACUAACCAACUUUCCUGUGGGAGUAACAUCAAAUUAUGUUCUAGCAUUGAUUCCAUGUAUAUAUAUAUAUACACACACACACACACACACACACACACACACACACACACACACACACACACACACACACACCCCUAUGAGAGUAGUGGCAUUCCUCUUCAAUCAAAGCUUGUUGUUUCAGACUGCUUAUAUAGGUGGAAACUUGGCAAAAUGUGCUACAAAAGUCUUUUAGAAUGAGAUGCAACUGUGAUCUUGUCCUUGUCUGCUGUCGCCUCACCCUUGUAAUGGCUUGAUUCCCUUUGCAAGUCCCAUCGUACCACAGCAACGUAGCUGUACCAAAGGCCUUUUUGUAAGACUAUGUUUCAUGUCACACAUUGGAACAGACAUUCAAAUUUCAAUUCGGUCUUAACGCGUUUUUUUCCAAGUUUUAAACAGAAUCCUCCUAUCAGAAGAAGUUGUGAUUCUCUGGUUUAAGCAUUUGGAUACUUUAUUUGCCUUACUUGUCUGCCUUUCCUCUCUGCCCCUAGCUUUUUGUGGAAGGAUCUAUGCAUGCUAUAUUAACUGUUACUGUAUACUAAUGGUGGAUUUGGAGACUUUUAAAACUGUUUUUAUACUACUAUUGCUUUCCAAUCACUAACAUUGACCAAUGUUGGGCGUGACAUGGACAUGACUGAAGAAGCAUUGUGCGACUGAAAAUGCUUCAAGAUUUGUGAACUUUUGGAGGCUAUUUUGGAAUGAAAAGACACUGAAACGCUUCUGGAAAAUAAUGCUUUACUGACUAAGCAAAACAUACAGCACUGAUUGUGAACACUGCUAACAAAAGCUGCAAUGCCAUCUGUUUUAAGGGCAAUAAAGUUAUUUGAACUUAUUGAAAUGUCUUGUCACAUGUCACUUCAGCCUUAUCCUUCGGUUUUCUAAUCACCCAAAAUGAUCCUAUGUAUUGCCCAAGAAAUUGUUAUAAGCCUUAAGGUCUGGGCUGUUUAUAUGCAUUUUUUUAUGUCUCAUGUCUGAACUACUUUUGUAGUAAACUGCUGACUGAAAAAACCCUUCAAAUUAAACUGGAUGUAGAGGGUUGAGAGACUGACUUUUGACUGGAGUAAUGAAAUUACACAACACGGGCUCCAAAUACCAUCAGACGUGCGCUGUUAAUUACCACGGGCAAAACUCACAUCUUUAAGUGUAUCUAUUUUUAUUUCUAUUUUUUUCCCUUUGGUUUUUUUGUUUGAUAAGGCCAGCAAAUAUUGAUCACGAGUUUAUAAUGAUGAAGUCAUUGCCGAGAUCUCGUUCAGUGGAGUAAGUAGAACUAACAUUCAUUAAUGGCAGCCUGACCUUCACUUCAGACUUUGGGGGCAAAAACCAAAAAUGUUUAAGCUAUUACUAUAUUAUUACUAUAAUUUCUUUCACGUUUCCGUUUACAUCCUGUAGAGGCGGGUCCAAACUAUGGACCUGAGGCACUAUAGGGCAGAUGUCACUUGAUUGACAGUACUCGUUGUAAUAUGUGGGCUGUUCCGAGUAGGGCGAGCUUCUGGACUGCACAGAUGUUGCUGUUGCCAGGGGUACGGUUGGUGAACUUUUCCAUUCCCUUCUUCAUGAGUCCUAGAGCUCCGGUGACCACUGGUGUUGCUUCGGUCUUCAUUCCCCACAUCCUGUUGAUUUCAAUCUCCAGGUCUUUGUACUUGGUCAUUAUUAUUAGUAGUAGUAGUAGUAGUAGUAUUAUUGUAACCGGUUAUUUUUUUGCCCGGUGCGGGAUUCGAUACGAGGUGUACUGCACCACAAGGUGACGUCACUAACCGCUCGGCUAAAGGGUCAGACUCGUUAGCUAGGGACUAACGUGUAUUAUUAGUAGUUUACAAUUAUUAUCAUUAUUAUUAUUAUAACAACGAUAUAACUACUCAGCAAAAGCUAACGGCUGAUAAAAAAUCGUUUUCACGUAACCAGUUGCAGCUGUCUUGAUCUAUAAUGACGACAAAACCAAAUCUAUGGUGAAGUUGUUUACAUCUGUGUAUCUUUGCCAGGUAAAGUUAUACAUUUUGAAUAGGACACAUGUUCUUUUCAUCCGUUGCCUUGUUAACAGGGCGGCAAACGUCACAAGACGUCGGCAGUAGACGGUCCCGCUACGUAGCUCGACGAUGAGCAGAUCUGGGGCCAGUUUUCUGUCGUUUCACGCGUCCCGUUUUAACGCCCCGCUGAACUACGGUCUGAUCCGGGACCAGCGAUACUGCGUUUAUUGUCUCGUAAACUCUGUUUGGACGUGUCACCAUGGCAACGGCGCACCGACGAGAUCGGUUGUGCUGGUCUUCAGCCGUUGAUCAACGAGCUCCGUUACCGAGAGUCUGCGGCUGUUUUAACGCAUGACGCUAGAUUACUGUGAUUGAGGGACGCUCCAAAUUUAUAAGACAACAUGUCGGAUAUAUUGUGCGAGUGGCUUAACAAAGACGUCCGCUUGUCAAAAUCCGUUGAGCCAAGUACCUUUUCUAAGGCCUUUUCCAGUGGCUAUCUCAUUGGAGAGGUCCUGCAUAAACAUCAACUUCAGGAUGAUUUUGAUAUGUUUACAAAGAGCAACACCUCCAACUCCAAGUUGAACAAUUUCACCCGAAUUAAGCCCACCCUGCACUUGCUGGGAGUUCCCUUUGACUUGACCGUGGCCCAGGCUUUGAUGCAGGAGCAGCAGGGGGCUGCAACAUGUCUCCUCUACCAGCUCUACAUCUUACUACAGAAGAAGCAGAAAGCAGGGAUCACCGGAACUGCAAUGGAAACCAUGCAGCCCAUGGCUACAGCAUGCCUGCAGAAAAAAGAGAUUGAGAUCUAUGCUGAUCGGUUGCGUACACUGGUGAAACGUGAUGCAGAGCUGCAGCUACAGAAAAUUUCUGAACACUAUGAGGAGCAGGCCCAGCAGUGGAACAACAGGUUUAUGAUGGCCCAGCUGGUCCAACAGCAAGAGAAGCUCAAGCUCCAGGGAGAGAUGAGAAUGAAGGACAUUGAGAGGCUGCGUGCAUCUCGUCGCAGGCCGAAUGAGAUCAUGACUCGUACCCAGGCCUCAAUUAUCCAGAUGCCUAGGCCACCUCCAAAAAGGUCACUGCAGACCCUACAGAGGAGGCAGCAACAGCUACGCAGAGAAAAACAAGCACAGAGGGUCCAGACUGAAAUAGCCCAGUUUGAAGAGAACAGGGAAAAAAUUGCUCCUUCUGAUUUUGCUUCCUGUUUCUUGAGUGGUCUGUCCUUGAGCCAGGGCAGUAAGGCUCCAAGCCAGACGAUUCCUGGAGGUGGGGCUGAGUUGGUGUUGCAGUCCAACAGUGAGUACAUGCAGAGUAUCCGGCAGAGGCUGGAGGAGGACACUAUGGCACGUCAGCAAAGAGAGAAGCGCCGAACAAAAUUCCUGGUGGAGCAGCUCAAGGCUCAUGAGGCUCAGCAGGAGGCUCUGCGUGAACAGCAGCUUGUCGAGCGUCUGACACGCCAGACCCAGCAAGAGCGACGUCUGGUGACGCAACUCCUCCAAAUACGCAUGCAGAAGGAGGUGAUCCGGCAGAACCGCCUCUUCCGAGAGCAUCAGUACCAGCAGCAGAGAGAGAGGGAAUUGCAGGAAGCUCUAGAAAGGGAAGCGGCUUUGGCGCAGCAGGAAAAGCUGGAUCAUGCUGAGGAGAUCAGAAAGGAGAUUGAACUACACAACAGAAUUGCUGCUGAGCACGCUCAGAACAGAUACAGGAAGCACUCCAAGAGCUGCCGGGAGGUACUGGAGCAGAUAGUGGACCUGGUCACCAAGGUUGGGGAAUACCGCCUGCUCACUGGGAAUCUCAUCCCAGCCAAGUUGAUGAAGGAAUGGAAGGAGUUGUUCUUUGGUGGUCUGCCUCUUUAUGAGUCAGUGGUUGUGGAAGGCCAGCAGCUGGGAUCUGAACCCUCUACCCAACCAGACCUCAAAGAGCUGAAGAAACAGGAGCUGCUCAACAACCAAGACUAUGAUGAGUACACUAACAUGGUAGGUGAGUGGGCAUGGCCAGAAGAGGGAGGGGAAGCUAAGCCCCCUCCAGCCAACAACAGGAUUCUGGGACAUAUAAUGCAGCGGCUGAGGAAGCUUGUCCAUUCACCAGCUCCAGGCACCCCCCCUCCCAUCUUCCCCCCAUUCACCCUUAAGGCCUGUGUCUUGGGCAAGUUUUUCUCUGGCAAGACCACCUGCCUGACCAAGAUCGCUCAAGUCCAUAGUAUCCAUGUCUUUUCUGCCAACAACCUGAUCCAGAAGGCCCUGGAAGCUUACCAUAGUGGAGAAGAGCAAUGUCUCCAGGACCCAAAGAGCACCGAGCUGCCCUGCAGUACAGACACAGAGCAGCAAGGACAGGACGGGACUGAGACUCAGGACAACAAAUCUCCGGAUACUAGAAAUCAUGAGGAAAGCAAAAAAAGAAAGUUGUCUCUACGAGCCCUGCAUGGAGAAGCCAUAGUGAAUCUUCUGAGAACAGGGGAAGCAAUCCCUGAUGAGCUCCUGGUGAACAUUAUGAUGGAGGCCAUCAGGGAGGUCCCAGCUAACUCAGGCUGGAUCUUGGACGGGUUUCCAGUGGACAUCACUCAGGCUCGCCUGCUGGAGAAAGCUCUUGGUGGGUCAAUGGACCAAGAGCAGAGAGAUGCUGACUGCAAAAAGAGGAACAGCAGGGCAAACCUAGCUACUGAGCCCAAUGCACCAAAAAAGGCCCCAUCCCAAGUCCCAGUGCUCAAUCUGGCGCUUCUACUGGAUGUUUCUGACGACUGUGUCCUCAACCGUGCUGCCAAGAACCGUGUAAAGAAGAGUGUUGUGGUUGCUGAAAGACCUGAACAGGAGACUGCCCAGGAUGUUGUGACUAUUAUCAGUGUUGCCAAGACUGGAACAGAAACUGAUGCUGCUGCCAUCCCUACUGGCGACAAGAGCCUGGAGAUUAGAAAUCAACACAGGAUCUCAAGUUUCCAGGAUACCUGGUCAAAACUAGAGAAGUGGUUUGGUAAGAAACAGGGCAUUCUGGUCCGUCUAGAUGCAGAGGUUGAGGAGGAGGAGCUGUACAGAAGAGUGGAAACUGUCCUACAGCAAGCUAUGAUACAAACCCAGAGAGCCCCAACUUCAGCCGUAGCCCCAGCUGUACAUUCAACACCAGGAGAGGAACCAGACGUCAGAGUCAAAUCAAGUCCCAAGUCCAAGACACAUUCUCCGAGAGAGCAUCCAAGGAGGAUGUCAGGCUGCUCCUCGUCCAAUGAGCUCUCUCAGAACAGCACCAAAAGCCCAUCAGACUCCAUCCUUCCUCGCCCAACUUCAGCCAGCAGGGAAUAUGUGGAUGAACCCCUCCCUCGGGAAAUCCCAGAGCACCUGUGUCAAUACUGGGACACAGUGUGUGAUUCCUAUGUGAGCAAUGUCAAGGCUGUGAUGCAGAACCUUCGCUCAGAACGCAUCCUUAUCAUUCGCCACCUAUUCAACAUCAGAGAAGAAUACAAGCAUUACCUGGGGCGGCUGGACUUGAAGCAGGAGUUUUUGUCUCAGUGGCAGCAGAACUACAACAGCAUCCCCGAUGACAUUAGAGAUGAUGAUGAUACCAAGGCAGAGCUGCAUCAGAGAUUAGACGACCUGUGUGAACGUUUGUGGGACAUUUGUGACAAGCGUAGGAGGGAGGAUGGGCAAGAGAGAGACACUAUCAUGGGAAACGGGUGGCUUGAGGACCACAUUAGUGUUCUCAUCAAUCACUACUCUUCACUCAUGCAGGUGGAAUUGGACCGGUUCCAGGACACGCAAUGUGUUCUCAGGCACUACUAUCAGGGUAUGGCGAGACAGGCGCUGCCAGAGCUACCGUCACACUUCACCUGUAUUCCCCUUCUGGACAUCACAGAAAGACAGGACACUCCACUGGAAGAAAGUACUGAGCAAGUUUCCAAGAGCUCUUGUGAGACAGAUGAUGGGGAAGACCAGAGGAAAACUAAAGUUGUUCCUUUGCUGUCCAGACAUCCUCCCACAUCACAAGUGGUCUCCAAGAGUAGCCUGCAGCAGGCAGAGUCUGACAAGCCCUCUGAUGAGAAACUGAUCUCCGACAUCUAUGAGGCAGCGCUCACAGCCAUCAGCAACUUGGUGACAGCUGAGGCCCACCAGAGAAACGUAGAGGUGAGUGAGGAGAGCCAGAGUCAGCAAGAAGCGAUGGAGAAGACCCCCCAGGCCACUGCAAGAGCUGAUAGAGAUAAGAAUAAGAAGAAGAAGUGGGCAGGAAAGAAGAAAGGCAUCUCCUCCCCACUCCCAGAGCCUAGCCCUCCCGUGAUUGAGGAGAGCUUAGAGGAGAUACAGAGACGAGAAGUCAGAGCCAAGAUUCACAAAGAAUAUGCAACUGCACUAGCCCACGAAGAAAAUGCAGCCAACGUUCGAGUCGGGCUGGUGAGGGCUUGUGCUCUGGUGAUGGUACGUUCCCUGCAUAGCAGAGCAAAAGAGGCCUUCAGCAGCAUGGAGAAGUGGCUCGCAGCACGCUACCUCGCAGAAAUUAAUAGUAUUGACCGACUAGCAGAAGUGGUGCGCUCCCACAUUGAGUCUGGCUGUAUGCUACAGAAUGAGAUGGUGCUGGAAAGUACUGACUUCUACCUGAAUGGUGACCUGUUGGUGGUUACUAUCCCGCCUCCCCCUCCCCACCCAGGCCCUCUGGAGAUACCAACACAAUCUACACUGAAUGUGGCUCAGCUACAGUCAUUUUACACACAGCUAUACAACGUGGCUCCCUCAGGCCUAAUGUCCGGUGUCGAGUUCUUCAGUGCUCUCCAGGACAUCAACUUUGUCAAAGUGGGCUGCGACCCUUUGCCUGAGCCCUGGAUCAGGAUGACUGAAACACAGUUGACAGAGAUGGUCUCUCUACUUACACAAGAGGCUGUGUUGUUGGACUGGCGUCAGUUCCUGCUCAGUGCUGCUCUCCCCUGGCCAAUUCCCUCACUGACACAGCUAUUGGCUGUACGGCGGCGCCUCCAGGCAGCAGAUUUGGACAAGACGGGCUAUAUCAACAUGGACCAGUACCUACAGAUAGAGUGGUGGUUCCACAGUGAAACAGCCCAGUGUGUCCCUCAGGGCUCCUCUCAGCCACUUCCUAAUGACCACUUGGCCAGCUUGCACGAGUUUUUCUUUCAGUUGUUUGCAGAUCACCUUUUCUCUCCUCCAUGUCUGGACUAUGUAUCCAUGCUACAAUAUCUGGCAGCCCACCCUGACCCUGCCCAAGGCUUCCUCAGAGCACUCAGUGUGGUGUUGGGACAACAUCUAAAGCAGCCCUCCACCAGCCAGCUGGUCAAGUCUAUGCCCAAUAUAGAGGAGACUAUGGAGUUUGGGUCCCCAGAAGUAGAGGGAGAUGAGAAAAAGGAAGGAGAGCCUCCCUGUGGGUCUAGCAGUGUGUUUGGAGAGCAGGGUGUGCCCAUACCAGCCCUCCUUGCUGUCAUUUGCCACAAAGGCCCCAGGUUGGCAGAGCACAGCUGCUUCUACCCGGCCUGCAGGACCUUGGAGGAGCACACUGAGGACCUGGUGCGUAUAUUCAGAGAGCUAGGCUACGGGCCAGAAGAUCACAUCCCCUUCUCAAGCCUUAUCCAGCAUUAUUCAAUCCAGAAGCUGAUAGAGGGCUCCCCACACUACCAGCUCAUAGAUGUUCACAGAGUGCUACGAGAUCAUCAAAAUGAAGAAGAGGCUCAGAGCUCCACAGCUCUCUGAAUACCAAAGAUGCAAGCCCACACUUCCAUCUGGUUUUAUCUUUCAGAGCAAAAUGGGGGAAAAGGAGCAAAUCCAGUUAUUUGUCAUUGUUUGAAAAAGUGAAAGCAUGAAAAAAUGCAGCAUACAACAUUUUGAAGUUUGAAAAUAUAGCAUUGUAAAACAAUAUCUUUAAAGUGAUUUGCCUCAAAUGUCUACCAAACUGAACUUUUAAUUCAUUAUUUUCCACUAUUGACUCAAUAAAUUUGCAGCAACAGACAUCUGACAGUGACCUUAUUCUGUUGUCUCUUUGUUUACAAAAGUCUGAGACGGACAAAGACUGAGAUGACAAUACAAUGAUUGAAACAACAAGAACAUCAGUGAGGACAGGACUGACCCCUCUGACUCUCAUUCUCUCUCCGCUACACUCCAGCAAGGUUCAUCACUCCUCAUCUGGUGUACAACUCCAACAGAAAACAGCUCUAGUACCUGUGAACCCACCUAGAGCUUUUUCAGCCUGAGAUGGAUGAAUCCGGACCAAAACAGGAGCUGAAGACUUCGCACCCGCUACAAAACGAAGCAUUUGGGAUUUCGUCAUAGGUGCAUUACAAGAAGACUGCCAUUUUUUGUUUUGUAGGUAGUUAUCUCACUCAUAAUUGUGUGGAAAAACCUCUUCUCCUGGCUUAUUAAGAGAUGGUGACUCUUAUCUACUCCAUCAAAAGCAUUUAAACUUUUUGCUCGUACAAAAAAAGAAAUAUGCAGGACUGAUUUUUUUCGCCUCUCGGCCUAUCAGGUUGUCAUGGAAAGUCUUUUUCGCCAUCAUUUCCUGACUUUCAACAACAUUUUGGUUUACUUUUGAGAGUACUUUUUUUUUCCUCUUCAAACAAAUAUCCUAAUGGGGAAACGGAUCAGGAAAGGUUAGCGUGUGUUAAUGUAGAGACAACA